GUUUCAUUUGAACUUUCAGGAGAAAGCUUUCGGCGGGCGGCGCCAUGAGUUUGUGGUGUAUGGGGAAGGUCGGCCGGCUAUCGUCUUUCAUUGUGUUAACAUCGAGAAUGACAAGAAUGAGAUCUGCUUGCAAACUGGAGUACAGCGCAAAAUCUGGGAAACCUGAGCAACCUAUUGGACGGUAUCCUGUCCCAUAUAAAAAGGAUCUGCCAUAUGACAUUGUUGAACUGAUGGAGGAGGUAGAAACUAAGAGUGGAUUUUUGCCAAACAUAUUCAAAGUGCUUUCCUAUCGGCCUGUGGAAUUUAGGGCAUUCUUUGCAUACUACAAUGCCCUAAUGAACAAAGAAACAGGUAAUCUCAGCAAAGCAGAUAGAGAACUUAUUAUUGUGGCCACGAGUGCUAAUAAUCACUGUCCCUACUGUGUCAUUGCACAUAGUGCCCUGCAUCGGAUAUAUUCCAAAAAUCCAAUUCUAGCAGAUCAGGUGGCUGUGAACAGGCAAUUGGCUGACCUGGAUGAUCGGCAACGUGCCAUGUUGGAUUUUGCUCUUGCUGUGAGCAAUGCAGAAAACAUCAAUGAGGAUCAUCUAAAAAAACUGGAAAUGCAUGGAUUUGAUCGUGAGGAUGCCUGGGAUAUUGCCACAAUAACAGCGUUCUUUUCAAUGUCCAACCGUCUGGCUCACCUCAUCAAUUUGCGUCCGAAUGAAGAGUUUUAUACGUUGGGAAGAUUGGCCAGGGAGAAGGAUAAGAAUGAGGGUUAAGAAACUCUGAUGUCCAAGUUCUGUUACAGAUUCAGCCUGCUGUUUAUUUGGAAAGUAGCAUAUGUUAUUUAAGUUUGAUGUGAUGGCUCUGGAACCCAGAGCUGCUAGGUUGUGAAAUGCAAAAUGAAACUAGAAUCAAAAAUAAGAGAAUUUCCAUACAAAGUUGAAACCAAGUAGAAUUCUAACUACUGUAUUUAAAAUUAGGAAGUAAGAAAACAAUUGUAAUUGAGCAUUUAUCCAAAAAAUACCAAAAGAAGCAACUGUUAUGUAAUGGGAUUGUACACUCAAUGAUUUUGUACCAUUUUAUAUACAAGUAAACAGGUAUGAACAUUUUGAGUUCUGUCGAAGGGUCAUGAGGACUCGAAACAUCAACUCUUUUCUUCUCCGCUGUUGCUGCCAGACCUGCUGAGUUUUUCCAGGUAAUUCUGUUUUUGUUUUAGGAAUGAACAUUAUAUGGACAUACCUGGCACCCUUUGCAGUCCCAGAACUCAAUUACUGGUAUGAUGGAACUGUAUUGAACUAGUUCUGCUGUUGAAAAUAAAUCAACAAUUUACUGUUUUUGUUACUAAUCGAUUUAUGCACAUGAAAUUAUUGUGCAUUUUGAACCUGGUUGAGUUUCAGUUUAAAAUUGACUCUUAAAUUUUAAAUUUGACUCUUAACUGCCCUCUAAGAUGGGCUAGCAAGCCAUUUAGUUCAAGGGCAAUUAGGGAUGGGCAAGAAAUUCUGGCACUGCCAGCGACACCCACGUUCCAUGAAAGAAUAAAAAAAAGAACAUCUUGGGGAUUUUCAAGAAAUUGUGAAAGACAUCAUAUGAUUUUAAUUCUAUUUAACAGAAUGUUAGUACAAAAAAUUUCAUCUUAUUACUUAGCUAACUGAAGAGAAAGGCAGUUUUGUUUAAAGAACAGUUUUCAAUAAUUCCCUAGAAUGGUACUGAAAAUGAGGAAAUUAUAGUUCUAGGCACCUCCAUGAUAGGGAGUGGAUUAGAGCCAUGGAACUAGUGCAGUAAAAGUUCACUAGAAUGGUGUCACAAGCAAGAGGUUAUAGUUACGAGGAAAGGCUUGAAAGAUUCGAACUUUUUUCACAAACACUCAUGGCAUGAACUAAUAGAUGUUCAAAAUUAUGAAGAAUUUUGAGAGGGUAAAUAGUGUUUUCAGUGUUUAGCAAAUCAAUAACAAGUGGUAGAGGCAGGGCUAUCAUGAAAGAGCAAACAGGGACGUUAAGACAUUUUUCAAAGGGUAAGAAUGCUUUCGAUAUCGAGGUAGAGACUGUAACAUAAUUUAAAUGGAAAUCAAAAAGGGAAUUAAAAAGAACAUAGAAGCAAGUGGAAAGGACAGGAAAAUUGGAUUAGAGUACAUAACAGUCCCAGUUAUCAAUGGAAGCUAUUAGCCUGAAUGAAUUGUUUCUGUAGCACAGUUUUGAUAAGUUUCAUUUAAAUUUGCAGGAAAUGAAUUUGAAUGGAAUCCUAAAGAACAUGUGAAAUUGCAAGAAUAACUGCAGGUUGAACACCAAUUUAAUUUUCAUUUAAAAUUAAAAUUUCUUUCAAAGUUGAA